CAACGCGUUGCCGGUGCUUUAUUCAUUGUUCUUUUGCUGCCUGUAAAUUGCAGUGUUUUUUUUUUAUAUUUUUAUACGUUUAAAGAUUUACACAUUAUCAAAAUCUAAUGGAAGAAGUUCAACGCCAUUCGGUGCACACAUUAGUGUUUCGCUCUUUAAAACGGACUCACGAUUUUUUUGUGGCCAACCAAGCGCUACUUCCAGAAAUUGACGAAAAAUUAGAGAAAAUGAAAUAUUCAAUCAAAGCGCGCGAUAGUUAUAAGUUAGUGUUUGAACGAACAGCGAAAGCUAAAAACACUAUUGUGAAAUCAGGCGAGACUGGAAGAAUUGAAGUAGUCGCUCAACCGGCGCAAGAUAGCAGUAUGUUUUUAAUAUAUUUAAAUUAUGUGUCACCAUUCAAUCAUCGAUCUUUAUUUUCAGUGCUUGCAAUAACAGCGGAAAGUGAAAUGGAUUAUAACCACUCAAACAGCCAAAUGUCGUUAGUACCAGCAGCAGCUGCUAAUUCGCAGAACACCAGUACGAAUAGUUUGCAGGUUCUGCCGAAAAAAGCUCCAACGAUUCCCAAACCAAAAUGGCAUGCUCCAUGGAAAUUGUAUCGUGUCAUAUCAGGCCAUUUAGGUUGGGUGCGAUGUGUGGCAGUUGAGCCAGGUAAUGAAUGGUUCGCUACAGGGGCAGCAGAUAGGGUAAUUAAAGUUUGGGAUUUGGCCAGUGGUAAACUGAAACUAUCUCUUACUGGUCAUGUCAGUACAGUACGUGGAUUAUGUGUUAGUCCAAGACAUCCCUACUUGUUCAGCUGCGGGGAGGAUCGACAGGUGAAGUGUUGGGAUUUGGAGUACAAUAAGGUUAUUCGACAUUACCACGGGCAUUUAUCUGCCGUUUAUACUAUGGCUCUACACCCAACCAUUGAUGUGUUAGUUACAGCAGGCCGAGACUCUACAGCUCGAGUUUGGGACAUGCGGACUAAGGUCAAUGUUCAUACCUUAACUGGUCAUACGAAUACGGUCGCAAGUGUUGUCUGUCAAGCUGCUAAUCCGCAAAUUAUUACCGGCAGCCAUGACUCGACUGUUCGAUUAUGGGAUUUGGCAGCUGGAAAAAGUAUGGCCUCGUUGACCAAUCAUAAAAAAAGUGUUCGCAGUAUUGUUCUGCAUCCAUCGUUAUACAUGUUUGCCUCUGCUUCACCUGACAACAUCAAGCAGUGGCGAUGCCCAGAAGGAAAUUUCAUACAAAAUCUCAAUGGUCACAAUGCUAUAGUCAAUUGUAUGGCCGUCAACCCAGAGGGAGUACUUGUUUCUGGUGGUGAUAAUGGAACUAUGUUUUUCUGGGAUUGGCGUACUGGGUAUAACUUUCAGCGUUUUCAGGCCGCCGUCCAACCAGGUUCGAUGGACAGUGAGGCCGGAAUUUUCUCGAUGACAUUCGAUAUGUCUGGUUCAAGGUUGAUCACCACCGAAGCCGAUAAAACUAUUAAAAUUUAUAAGGAAGAUGAUGGAGCAUCGGAGGAAUCACAUCCCGUCAACUGGCGACCAGAGAUUAUUAAGCGAAGAAAGUAUUAGUGUUCGAGAAACUGAUCAAUUACACUUUUCACACAGCAA